AUGCCGACAAAGUACGUCACGACGACUGCGUCCGAAUUUGAUUCCGAGGCCAUCUCCGAGGCAAUGCCCGACCCCUUCAAGCACAGACCGGUUGCGCUCUCCGAGGCGUCGACAUACGAAGCAAGCGGCUACGGUCUCGCGCUGGCUUUGCAGUAUGUUGGGCUGAUUGCGCUCUUUGUCGGCGGUGCCAGCCUCGUGCUUUUGCUCUUUUGGUGGACCUACCUCGUGCCGAGCUGUGGUCCAUUUUUCCAUCGAGAUCAUCACCACGAUGCCUACGCUGUGGCCUAA